AUGGCUGCGCUCGGGUCCGAUGUGCAGGCCACCAGUGUCGAGCUGGUGUCUGUGAUUGAGAAAAUGAAGGAGCGCAAGACGUUGCUUGAAGAGCAAAUCUCUGCCGAGGAGACUGAGUACGAGGGUGUGCUAGCCGAAGUGCGGGCUAUGCAGGAGCGACUUGCCGCCCUGAAGGACAGUCUCGCGAAGAAGCAGGCGGUGCGAGCGGACUUGGAGCGAACCAUAUCGGAGACGUACUCGGCGUUCAAGAGUAUCCUAGACGCCUCCAAGAAGCUACUCUCCACCGCCAAGGAAGAGUCAUCGGCGCUCAAGGCGCAGAUAAACUGA